GGGGCUCCUCCCGCUUUUUUCUCCGCGCCGCUCGUGCGUUCGUGGAGCCGUUGGGGGGGAUCGGAAGGCGACUCAGCCGGGCGCACGGACAGGGGGCUCCGGUGGAGUCGAGCGGCUUCCCUUCGCGGGCUCCGGCUUGCUUGCUUGCUUGUUUCCUUCCUUCCUCCCUUCCCGCCCGCCGGAGAAGCCGACGAAGCGAAAGUGGACCCCCGUCCCUUCCUGGAAACUCCCGGGCGGUUCUUCAGCAGGCGGCGCCCUGCUCGUCGCUGCGUAGCGGAUUUUGGCGCGCCGAGCUCGGCUCGGGAAGAAGGAACUUGCCCGAAGGGACCCGGAGAAGGCGGCGGGGGGCUGCCUCGUCCCGGCCCCGCUUGCAGCCACCAGGGCCCAGGAGGGAACUUUUGCCCUUCCAGCUGAGCUCCGGCCGGUCGGCGGGGCCGGGACUGGUCGCCCGCGUGCCCAGAAGUUUAGGAGUUCGAGCCGGAGCCGCCGUCGCUAGGCGGGGUGUGGUAGGCGAAGCGCGUUUCGGUGGCUGCCCUUAUCCAUUUCCGCCUUGCCCGGCGCGGCGAUGAAGCUGAGCCGGCAGUUCACGGUCUUCGGCAGCGCGAUCUUCUGCGUGGUGAUCUUCUCGCUCUACUUGAUGCUGGAUCGUGGCCACUUGGACCACCCCAAGAACCACAGGCGCGAGGGCUCCUUCCCCCAGGGCCAGCUUUCAAUACUACAAGAAAAAAUAGACCACUUGGAGCGCCUACUAGCAGAAAAUAAUGAAAUUAUUUCAAACAUAAGAGAUUCUGUGAUCAAUCUGAGUGAAUCUGUUAAAGAUGGACAACGUACUCCAGAAGCUAUAAACUUCAGUCAAGGAAACUUCUCAGAGCUAUCACCUCUUGCCACGAUGUAUCUCUCCAUUGAUCCGGAAGAUUGUCAAUUUGCUUCAAAAAGUGGAAACCAAGCUUCAGAUGUACAGAUGCUAGAAGUCUAUGAUAUUCUUCCUUUUGAUAAUCCAGAUGGUGGAGUUUGGAAACAAGGAUUUGAUAUCACAUAUGAUGAGCACGAGUGGGAUAGUGAACCUCUUCAAGUUUUUGUUGUGCCUCACUCACAUAAUGAUCCAGGUUGGCUGAAAACGUUUGAUGACUACUUCAGGGAUCAGACACAGCAUAUUCUCAAUAAUAUGGUUAUAAAACUACAAGAAGACAAAGGGAGGAAGUUUAUGUGGUCUGAAAUCUCUUAUUUUUCAAAGUGGUGGGAUGGAAUAGAUAGUCAAAAAAAGGAUGCAGUGAAAAGGUUAAUUGAAGUUGGCCAGUUUGAAAUUGUAACAGGGGGAUGGGUCAUGCCUGAUGAAGCCUCUUCGCAUUAUUUUGCUUUAAUUGACCAGCUGAUUGAAGGACACCAAUGGUUAGAGAAGACAUUGGGAGUAAAACCAAAAUCUGGCUGGGCGAUUGAUCCCUUUGGGCAUUCACCAACCAUGGCUUAUCUUCUGAAACGCACUGGAUUUUCCAAUAUGCUUAUACAGAGAAUUCAUUAUUCAAUUAAAAAGCAUCUUGCAACCCAGAAGUCACUGGAAUUUUUUUGGAGGCAGAAUUGGGAUUUGGGAUCUAAUACGGAUAUUCUCUGCCACAUGAUGCCUUUUUAUAGCUAUGAUGUUCCUCACACUUGUGGACCAGAUCCUAAAAUUUGCUGCCAGUUUGAUUUUAAGCGCCUUCCUGGGGGAAGAGUCAACUGCCCCUGGAGAGUUCCUCCUGAAGCCAUUCAUUCUGGAAACAUUCAGCACAGGGCAUGGAUGAUUUUAGAUCAGUACAGGAAGAAGUCAAAACUUUUUCGUACCAAAGUUUUGUUGGCUCCACUAGGAGAUGACUUCCGCUACACUGAGAGUUCAGAAUGGGAUCAGCAGUAUCAGAAUUAUCAGAAGCUAUUUGAUUACAUGAAUUCUCAUCCUGAAUUACAUGUUAAGGCUCAGUUUGGGACCUUAUCAGAUUAUUUUGAGGCGCUGCGUAAAGCUGGUAAUUUGGAUGAAGAGAACAGUAAUUCAGUUUUCCCUGUUCUGAGUGGAGAUUUCUUCACAUAUGCAGACAGAGACCAUCAUUACUGGAGUGGAUAUUUUACAUCACGGCCCUUCUACAAGCGCCUAGAUAGGAUUUUAGAGUCAUAUUUAAGGGCUGCUGAAAUUCUUUAUUCUCUGGCUUUGGUACAGUCCAAAAAAACAGAGAAAAUGAAAGCAUUUCCAUCAGCGGACCACUACAAAUUACUGACAGAGGCUCGGAGAAACUUGGGACUUUUUCAGCACCAUGAUGCCAUCACAGGAACUUCUAAAGAUUGGGUAGUUGUGGAUUAUGGUACUAGACUUUUCCAUUCAUUAAUGAACUUGAAGAAAAUCAUCACUGAUUCUGCUCACAUUCUUAUUCUAAAGGAUCAAGAAAUGUAUAGUUACAACCCAUCCGUACCAUUCCUUACAAUGGAUGAUGCUCAGUCUUCACAAGACAUGUUGCCGCACAAGACUGUUAUAGAACUGAGUAAACAACCAAGGUACCUUUUGAUUUAUAAUCCUACAGAACAAGACCGUUCAUCAGUGGUUUCAGUCUAUGUGAAUACACCAAGAGUUAAAGUACUGUCUCCUUCUGGAAGACCUGUUGUGGUCCAGCUUAGUGCAGUAUGGGAUGGAACUGCUAAAAUAUCAUAUGAUGCGUACCAGAUCUCAUUCUUGGCUCAUCUGCCACCUUUGGGUUUUGGAGUUUACCAGCUUCUGGAAGGGCUGAACUCAGAAACUAUAUUGGCUGAUUAUAAUCUCUAUCAUAAUGAUAAAGCUAAGUUAGUCAAGCCAUAUAGAAUUUUCAAUGUUAAAGAGAUACAGAAUGCUUUGGAUGAGAUCAUGCUAGAAAACUCUUAUAUGAAAAUCUGGUUCUCUGGCAAUUCUGGACUUUUAGAGAAAGUAAAUACGAAAGAAGAUAAUAAAAGUCAUCGUGCGAAGUUGGAGUUUGUUUGGUAUGGAACUACAAAUAAUAGAGAUAAGAGUGGAGCUUAUCUCUUCUUACCGGAUGGUGAAGCUAAGCCCUACGUUUCUACUGAUCCACCUGUCAUACGGGUUACACAUGGAAGGAUUUUUUCUGAAGUUACUACUUUUUUCCAUCAUUUGACUCACACAGUACGACUUUACAAAGUUCAUGGGCUAGAAGGCCAAUCUCUUGAGAUAUCCAAUAUUGUGGACAUCAGAGGAGAAUACAAUCGUGAGAUUGCAAUGAGAAUUUCAUCUGACAUAGCAACCCAUAACAGAUUUUACACUGACCUCAAUGGAUACCAGAUUCAGCCUAGACAGACAAUGAACAAAUUGCCUCUUCAAGCAAAUAUUUAUCCAAUGACUGCAAUGGCUUAUGUCCAGGAUAGCAAGAUUCGCUUGACUCUUCAUUCUGCUCAAUCUCUUGGAGUUGCAAGUUUAAAAAGUGGCCAAUUAGAAGUCAUUAUGGAUCGUCGACUUAUGCAGGAUGACAAUCGAGGCUUAGGACAAGGUGUCCAAGAUAACAAAAUCACAGCCAAUCUGUUCCGACUUCUGUUGGAAAAAAGAGAUGGAGUAGAUAUGAAUGAAGAAAAGUCAUCAGUCAGCUAUCCUUCUCUCCUUAGUCACACAACAUCAUCUUUCAUAAAUCAUCCUGUGAUUCCAAUGAUUACCUAUGCAGACACUGGUGUCCCAUCACUUUUGAAUACCUUUUCUCCACUAAUUUCAUCCAUGCCCUGCGAUAUACAAAUGGUUAACCUAAGGACAAUACAGUCAAUGACAGAUUCGGGGCCAUCUGAGGAAGCAGCUCUGAUUGUUCACAGGAAGGGAUUUGAUUGUAGAUUCACAAACACAGACCUGGGGCUCUUCUGCUCUACAACUCAGGGAAAGCUAAAGGUGCACAAACUCUUUAACAAGUUCCAUGUGGAAAGUCUUAUACCUACAUCCUUAUCUUUGAUGCAUUCACCACCAGAUGCCAGAAACAUGAGUGAGAUCAAUAUGAGUCCUAUGGAGAUAAACACGUACAGAAUUCAUUUGAGAUGAAGCCUGGCUUUUGAACUUGGAUACUAAAGAGGAAACGGCAACUUUUUGUCUUCUCAAAGAUUGGUGUGCAAUAAGAAGCACAUUCUUUUUCCAGCUUCUGAAUACUGUGACAAUAACAUUCAUUCUCAAAUUUAUUUGAACUCCAAAACCAUAAAAAGCCAUGAUGCAAGCAAGUCUCUUGUUCUCUUAUAAUAUGCCAACAUCAGUAUAAGUAAAUACAAGACUGGGAGAAUCAAAGGGUAUUACUUCUCAUCAACAAAGUGAAUCUCAGGUUUAAAUGUUAGUUUAUGGUUUCUAUGGUUUUGUGUUUGAAAGGAGGGGACAUUGGGUUUAAAUUUGUUUUCUGAUCUGUAGGUGACUCUUAAGUAAUUGUAUAUUGUUGAAAUCCCAGAUACAAUUGAAUCUGAAUAUUCUCUGGCAAAGCUAUUGUCCAAAUACUUCUAAAGACUUCUAUAGAUGACAGUUUCAAUUUGCUCCACAUGGAGUCUGCAUUUAUCCCACUCUAGUAGUAGAGUGAAAUCCAAGAGCCUUUAAGAAAUGCGGAAGAUUUUAAUCAUAUUGUCCUAUCAUCUUGAAGUGCAGAACUUAAAUUCUAGAAUUUUAGAUUCAUCUUUCUCGGAAAAUAUAAAAACCUUCCGUUUUGUUACUUGACAUAUUGGGAUAUGUGCAAUUACUCCAUCAUAUAAAGUAAUGAAAGUCAAGUCUAUAAUUUCAUGAAUACAAGAUUUUUUACAGAACAUUUGGAUACUAAUGCUCUCUGAAAUGUUUUUCUAUUUCAAUAUAACCAUAUCAAAAUAAAUGUGCCUUAUUUUUUUGAUACGUCUUGUUACUCUUUUGGUGUUCAUGCAGUGUUUGGGGGGCUUGGGGAGAGGGUUAAUACAUUAAAACAUGUAUCUUUUAUUUAACAGUGGUGGCUACACUCUGAUCUCCUGCACCAAAUUUGUGCUGAUGGUGUUCUGAAUGCUCUGACUAUUUGAAUGUAGUAAAAUGACGUCAUAAAACAAAACAAUGGAAGAAUAAAGAAUACUGUAAAGUUCAUCUGCUUUUGGUUAAACUGCAACAUACACAGAAAUUUGAAGGCACACGAAAGCUGCCUUGCCCUGUGUAUUGUAGCAAGCAGUGCAUUGAGAAUCAUGUGCCUAUAUUUUUAAAAUGCCGCUGUUUGACUUAUGCGUCCGUGCUUACAUUGCCGAUGUUUGUUAAUGAGGAAUAGCUUCUUCAAAUAUACUUAUUUCUUCAUUAAGUAUUUUACAUGGAGUUCUUGAAGCCAUGUGGGUUUAAAAGUACCACUUCCCUAAACAAAACUACUGUUUACAAUUCAAAUCAGUUAAGGCUGCAAUCCUAUAAACACUUAUCCAAGAUUAAGCCCUAUUGAACACAAUGGGAGUUACUUCUGCAUGGAGAUGUAUAGGAUUGCACUGUAAAAUGCAGUUCAAUAUGAUUCAAUUUCCUUUAACCCUAACCAAUUUUUUAGCUUUACUAAUACAAAUGAAAAUGAUUUCCUUUAAAACUAAUAAACAUUUUAAUAACUGGAAAAAAUGGCUUUGAUGCUCAUACAUUUUUGUACUAUAUUAAUCAGAUCUGUGCCAUGUUUUUACUAAGUGUAUUUAGCCACACUUCCAGUUUUAAAGAUAUUAAAAUCUUUAUAAUUUUCAAAUUUUGGAGGCUCUCUAUAGUUUCCAUACUUCAAUUUUUGUAUUAGCACAAUUUAAUGCGAAUUGUUGAAAAAUGGGUAAUACACAGGGGGGAUAAGAAGUUGUAAAUUAAUAGUUUUAUGCAAUAAACAUCUAGUUUUUAACACUUUCCCUUUAGCUGAAAUUCUUAAAUGCUAGAAAAAUGUUCCUGUAACUACUUUUUUAGUUUUAUAGUGUCCAUAGUAUCAUAAUCCUUUACUAAAACCUGAUCUCUGCAAAAAAAAAGUAUUCAAAAUCUUAAAUUCUGAAAAAUAUAUGGAUGCAAUAAAUGGUAGUUUGUUGUUUGUAGAACAUGCUUACAAAGGAUGCUUCAUAUGGCUAGACCUGCAAAGGUGUUUACACAGAAAUCCUCUUGACUACAGGGGCUUAAGCUUCCUAGUAAUCAACGUUAGGAUUUUGAAGCCUAUCUUUUAUCAUAUUUUUUUUUUAAAAAAAAUGUCAGCCGCUCUACAAUCAUACCCGAAUGUUCCUUAACCAGCAGAGUUUUUCUUUAAUUUAAAAUAAUUUGAAGUUACUUUGCAGGAAAAAUGCCAUUUCAGGUCAUGGAAUUAAUUUAAUAAAUUAAGGUAAUUUAAUAAAUAAGAUUUUUUAGGUUUUAUUUCUUCAGGAUUUUUAUUUCAUCUGGGUUUUUUGGUUUAUUUCUUGUAAAUGCUUUUCAGUAUUUGUCACCCUUAGAAUUUGAUGGUGUCAUUUUUGAUGCCUUUACGGGUUGGGAGGGCUCCUUUUGUCUGUGGAAGGCUGGUGUUUUUUGUUGAUUUCCCUGCUCCUUCAGCCCCCUCUGCCCCCAAAACCCUGCUCCAGAGAAGGGUUGAAGGGGGAGGGAAUUGGGAAAAAUAACAUCCCUCCCCUUUUGCCAGUGGGAGCAUUCUCAGUGGAACUCUGCCAUGGGUGUGCAACCAGUGGAUCUGGAUCCAAUUGUAUAUGGUUUAAGACCAAUUCAUCCAGCAUGUAAUUUUUAAAAACAAAUUAAUGCAUUUAAGCAUGUACUGCAUAAUAUACAAUUGAAAACAUUCUGGGCAUUAUCCACAAUUGCCCCUUCACCUUUGCUGAUGAUAUCACUCCAGCAGGCCCCAGUGUUGGUGUAACAGGAAGCUAGAGCUUCCUCAAGCAACCCAAGAAAUUAGCUGAAACGCUAGUUUCCAGAACAGGACAGGUCAAUGGAGCUGCCUACUAUGAAUUUCGCUGAUCUGUUCCAUUCUGGAAAUGAGCAUUUUGGCUUGUUUCUGGUUGCCUUAGGAAACCCUAGCAUCUGGAGGCCACUCCUGCUGGUGCAUAGGUAGCAUUGGAUACUGUCCUCUAUCUGUUCUUAGUAAAGUUGAAGAUAAAUGUCUUGUGCAGGAGUUCCAUCAUGUUAAGGAUUUUGAACAUUCCUCCUCUCUUCCCCCCCCCCCACUUUCUGCAUACUGUCUCUUGAAAUCAGCUGAUUUAAUUUGAAGGUUUUCAUGUCUCUUUUGGGAAGAUUUUAUAUCUUUUUUGGGUUUGGGCAAUGUAAUAUAAGUUUGCUAAUAAAAAAUGUACUAUGAUA